UGGUGUUAAGUGCGCGAGGCUUCUCGUUAAGUAUAACCAUGCCUCACGGCCGUCCAGCAAAACGGAGGCGCCUCUCUCCGCCGGUCGACGACAGCAAAUCCUCUCAGACUAUCAAGGCCUCUGACCUCUUCGUCCGCGCCGCAGAUUGGGAUCUUGAGCAAGAAUACGAGAAGAAGUCGAGGCAGAAAAAGACCAAAGAGUCAACGAAACUUCCCAUUAAGACCGCCGAGGGCAGGUUACAGAUAAUAGAAGAAAAGGCGCCGAUUGACAAUGGGGAAGACUCCGAUAGUUUUCUGGGAUCCGGCACAGACGACGAAGGCGAGGAGGACGAGACCCCUCCCACCGAGACAGAACCCUCCGCUCCGCAAAUCCCUCUCAAACAACAGAUUGUCGCCGCGAAAGAAGAGAUCGCCCGUCUUGCAGGUCUACUGAAUGAAGAUCCUGAAGAACAUGCCGGCUCCUUCAAGAAGCUGGCGCAAGUCUCGAGCCCGACUUCGCCGAUCGCGGUUCAAAAGCUGGUUCUUGCCGCACAAGCAGCGGUGUACAAGGACGUAAUCCCGGGCUACCGCAUACGUUCUUACAAAAAUGAAGAAUUGGGGAAUAAAAUCUCGAAAGACGUGCGACAGACGAGACAAUACGAGCACGCCCUCGUCACCGGGUACCAAGGAUACGUCAAACAACUGGGCAGUCUCGCGAAGACCCGAAAGGGCGAUGCAGAGACACUCUCCUUGCGCACUAUUGCGAUCAACUGUGCAUGCACACUGCUGCUUUCAGUGCCACAUUUCAAUUUCCGGACAGAGCUGCUGAAUAUCCUCGUCCACGAAGUCGCCAGCCGCGAAUCCUCGCCCGACUAUCUCAAAUGCAUCGAGACACUUGAGGAGUUCUUCUCACAUGAUGAAGACGGAGCCCCGUCCUUCGAAGCCGUCAGCCUGCUCUCCAAGAUGAUGAAAGCCAAGGACUACCGAGUCAGGGAAGAAGUGCUGAAUACCUUCUUCCAUCUACGUCUCCUAUCCGAGCUGCCACCACCUGGCUCCGGCGGCAACCCGGAAAGGUCAGAACAGCCGUCAAAGCUGCACGGACGCAAGGUGAAGCAACAGACCUCCCAGCACAUUUCCAAGCGCGAACGAAAAUUGCGCAAGCAGCGCCGCGAAGUCGAGAAAGACAUGGCCGAAGCGUCGGCGCUGGUCAACCACGAAGAGCGCGAGAAGAUCCAGUCGGAAACUCUGAAAUUGGUGUUUGUAUCGUAUUUUCGCAUUCUGAAAGCCAGAAUACCAGAACUCAUGGGUGCUGUGCUGGAAGGACUGGCAAAGUAUGCGCAUCUGAUCAAUCAGGAUUUCUUUGGAGACCUCUUGGAGGCGCUGAAGGAGAUUGUAAGCGCGGCUGAUGAGGCCGUGAGGGGCGACCUGGAUAUGGACGAAGCUGCCGAAGUAGAGAGGAUGAUAGCGACAAACGCGGACGGUGAGACGAUCCGCAACAGGAAACGCGAAGGCCUGCUUGCGACACAAACGGCAUUCACGCUGCUCUCGGGCCAGGAGGUCUCCAGAGCCGCCUCGGGCUUACAUCUCGACCUGAGUUUCUUCACCGCGCAUACCUACCGUUCACUAUACCCCGUCUCCCUGGACGCGGACGUCGAACUUGGACCGAAGUCGCUGCGUCUCCCCGAUCCCCACUCCUCAAAACCUGCAUCGUCGUCAGCGUCAAGCCCAGCGCAUAACCGAAUCAACAUCUCUACACCGAUCCUUCUACUCACGCGCGUCCUGGCAUCUAUCCUGCUGACGCCCUCGUCCCCACCGCCCACACAGACGGUGUUGUCGUUCUUCAAGCGCCUACUUACCGUCUCGCUUCAGCUGCCUGAGAAAUCCACGUUGGCCGUGCUGAGUUUGAUGGCUAAGAUUGCAGAUAAACACGGCCGCAAGAUCGAGGCGUUAUGGUACAGCGACGAAAGGAAAGGAGAUGGGGUAUACAGGGGCGAAAGCGAGAGCGUGGAAGGCACAAACGUGCUAGGGACUGGUAGCGGGGUUUGGGAGGCCGAGUUGUUGAAGAGACAUUACUGUCCCAAGAUCAGAGAAUCGCUCCAGACGGUCGAAGGGAUCAUUAGGGAUAUGCACAGAUAGCUGCGAAGUUGAACGGUUGAGUGGGCGAUCACCUGUGGCCAGUUAAACGGGUUGUCUCUCUAUCGCGCACAUGCUUCAUAUCUCGACGCAUGUAACCAGAGAAAUUUCACAUGUCUUUCCGAGCAACGUUCUUCGUCCUUCAGCGAAUGGGGCAUAUAUAGGUAUCACUCACGCCUGUCUGGUCUCUG